UAUAAACAGGAUCCAAAGCACAUGGUUAAACAUUCUGAGAAGACUUCUCCUGUCACAAUACUUCAGAAAGCACAAUCAUGGCAACAAAGGGAGGAAAACAAGGUGGUGGUGCACCUGUACAACAGAGCCAGCCAAAGCAAUGCCAAGACCCCUGCUCUGUUCCUGAUCCUUGCCAAACACAAGGAGGUGGAUAUGGUGGCCAAGGAGGAUUUCUGUCCCAGUCAACUGGCGGCUCAGGUGGAAUUAGUUCACAAUUGCAAACCAGCGGAGGUGCAUUUAGUUCCGGUGCAUAUGGCUCCCAAGGCCAGAUGAGCCAAGUAUCAGGCGGUGGAUGUGGUUCACAAGGCCAGGUCGACCUAGGAUCAGGUGGAUAUGGUGGCCAGGCCAGCCAAGUAUCAGGCGGCGGAUAUGGUUCACAAGGCCAGCUGAGCCAAGUAUCAGGAGGCGGAUACGGCUCACAAGGCCAGCUGGGCCAAGUAUCAGGUGGUGGUUACGGCUCACAAGGCCAGCUGGGCCAAGUAUCAGGUGGCGGAUACGGCUCACAAGGACAGAUGGGCCAAGUAUCAGGAGGUGUAUACGGUUCACAAGACCAGAUGGGCCAAGUAUCAGGUGGUGGAUAUGGUUCACAAGGCCAGAUGGGCCAAGUAUCAGGUGGUGGAUAUGGUUCACAAGGCCAGACAAGCCAAGUAUCAGGAGGAUGCUCUUCAUCAGGCCAGACAAGCCAGGUAUCAGGCAGCUUUGGUCCACAAGGAGGAUAUUCAAGCCAAGGCGGAUUCGGAGGUGGAGUAAAGAAAUAAACCUUACUCAAGAUCACUAUGAUAAAAACAAAUCUCUCUACUGCAGUUUUCAAGCUAUGUUCAAUAAUUAAAUUAGGUGUAACAGUUAGUACCUACUACCGUGUUUGUAUAUCACAUUAAAUCUUGUCAUGCUGCCCUCUGUUAUCAAAUAAAUAUGCUAUUGAAAUCUCAAA